GGCCUCGUUUCUAAACUCCACACACAGCACACGCAGUAAGCUCCAGAGAGAGCCGAGACAGACCAGAGUCACGAUCCUCUGGUCCACCCAUUGUGGUUUCAAGCCUAACUCCGGUGAAGACAACAUACGUACAGUGUAUCAGUCCGUAGAAAUGAAUUGUGCAAGAGUUCUCCAUGCCUUCGGGAGUCACCCACCGCCAGCUGUGAUGCCAGUUGACCUCGCCAAGUGUCUGAGCCUCAGCAAGCGUCAACCUCUUUAUCAGCGGCUGUCCACGUCUCCUCUGAAACCCACACAGCGUCGUUAUCAGCCGGCCAACUGCCUGCCGAGGACCGGCCUUCGCUCUCCGCACCCCUCCUUCUCUUCCCCCUUCGCUUCAUCCUCAUCGCUGCCUUCCUCCCCUGUGUCGUCAGAACCUCGCAGCUGUUUCCGCAGGGACAGCAAUGGCCUGAACAAGAAGCGUGUGAUCUUCGCAGACGCUAAGGGAUUGGCCCUCACUGCGGUGCGGCUAUUUAUCCCUGAGGCCCCUUCCCCUGCUUCCACUCUGGUGAUGAAACCGUCCCUUGCCCAACUGCAAGGCCAACAGCUGACCUCAAACAAACUGCAGCGCUACAAGUUGCGCCUGGGUUUCCCUCAGCCAACGCUCGACUUCAAAGCCUUCGUUGCACGUCUGCGAGACAUGCGUGUACAGUUGGAGAGAUGCAAAGUUUCCGAGCACUCCUUGAGUGGCAAAGUGCGCGUCUCCCAUGUUGGUAUCGACAAGGCUGUGCAUGUGAGGGUGACUUUUGACUCUUGGCGGAGCCACCAUGACAUCCCCUGCACAUUCCUGCAGCAGCAGCGCUACGGGGGUUGUGAUAUGGACGUUUUUGCUUUUGACUUAAGCUUACCGAAGAACAUAGAUCCGAAUGAGCGAGUCGAGUUUUGUGUGUCCUUAACGCCUGGACCUGGCUCAACGCCACACUGGGAUGACAACAUGGGGCAGAAUUACAGGGUGUGCGUGGAAAAAGACGGAUCGGAUGGUUGUCAAGGCAACGCUUACCGCUGUUACCCCACACUUUCGCACAAUCGGGCACCAUCGUGGCCUUCACAUGUGUCCCUCAGGAUGCAAAACUCUGCUGAUCUACAACUUCAGAGGAGUUUGUCAAGCAGAGUCAGAACAGAGUGGAACAACAAAAUAGAGCAUUGAAACUAGCCCUCUCAACACAGCUAUGAAAAUAUGUAAAUAAUGUAUAUAUGUUAAUUAAGAAAUUAGGGCUUUUAGGGAUGUAUGGACUUUUUGAAAUCUCCAGUGUUGGAUGGUCUGAAGCGUACUGUUCAGAAACAGCUCACCCACAUUAGCUCAACUACCCUGCCGGAAUAUGAA